AUCUUUGAUAAAAAGCAGCUUUAGUUUAUGGCAUUUGCACUUGUUGUAAUUGGAAUUAGGGGGUUCCCUGAUUAGCUUAGCUUAAUUGAUGAUGGAUAUUGAUUUAGAUUUCGAUUAUUCGGAUCGAAUCAGUGAAUUCCUUCAUUUAAAGUUGGACGAAAUUAAAUCGGUGACUGCUCACUUAAAGACAUCUUUACAACACCGUGAAGAAAUUGCAUCAAAUUUGCGCGAAGAAAUCACGAAAACGUAUUCCAACAACUAUGUAAAAUUUGUGAAUAUUUGGAAGAAAACAAUAAACGGGAAAUACGUAUUAGGGGUGGAAGUGAGGAAUGAAAGCGAAUCUCAAAUAAUCAAAUUAAAUGUCGUUCUCAACUGGACCUCAACUUCACCCCUCAACUACAACUUGCAUUUACUCUCAGACUUUUUAAGAGAAGGACUAAAAUUCACUCCUUACAUUAGGCACUCUGGUUUAAUUGUUAUUAUCUUGGAUGUUCCCCUUUUUACCGACGCUCUUUCUUAUACCAUUUCUGGUUUUAUGACUUUUCAACAAAAUAACCAGAAAUUCAGAGUUGGACUCCCGUCAAAUGUAGAAUUGACACCUGGAGAUGUUACAAAUAAUUCUGUUAUCGUUCAUUUGUACAAAGUAAUAACUGAAGAUAGCAAAAACGAUCUUAUUGCUUUAGCCCUAACUGGAGUGAGACACGAGUUUGUUAUGAUUUUUGAUACAAAUCAGUUGGAAAGUGUCCUUGAAACUGAUUGUUUACUAACCAGAAUUAACGUAACAUGUGAGAAACAUUUUUAUGUGGCUCAUAAAAUUUGUCCUGAACUUGACGGGGUCAUAGUGGAAGUAGAAAAUGACUCAGGAGGGACUUUCAAUUUUAAUACUUAUUGCAAGAAUUUAGGAACUACCAUUGCUCUACUUCACUAUCUCCAUAGACAUAUCAUCGGUGUGGUUUUAGUGCCAAAGCCACUCUUCCAACCUGAAUUGAGUCUCAGUGAUUUAACUCAUUUGUUGAAAAAGUCACUAUCUGAAGAAUUGGAUAUGUUGGGAAAAGGUGCAGAGGGUGGUUUGAAGGAAUUAAAAGCGAAAGUGUGUGAUUUUGAGUACCGAAGCGAUGUUUUAGUUGCUCGAAUAAAUCAAAAACAGAAUUGUUAACAUGGAUAUAUUCCUCAAGUUUUUUAACAAAAAUAUAAAUAUACAAAGUGGUUUUGCCUUUUUUUACC